AUGCCAUCGGCCAGUUCCCUCAGUGUCACGGAUACGUGUGACCGAAGGCCUGCAUGCACGAAACGAAGGCGGCAUGCGCUUUCAGUCGCUGAGGAGCUGCUCUCCGCGCUCUUUAAGCGCCGCUCUGAUGUGGAUUCUGCCGGGCAGCAGGGGCUCCUGGAUGUCUGGACCUGGGAGUCACGGCCUGCUGAGUCCUCGGCGGAUGCCGGGGCGUCCCAUCUGGCCGGGCUGACAUUCGAUGCGCCGUCAGCGCAGGAGUGGCUGAAGCAGCUGGAGCCGUCGCCAGAAGAAGACCUCCUGGCAGAUGCUCUGGUUGAAGGACUCGCUGAGCGGCAGAAGGCUGCCCCGUCGCAUGUUCCUCGCACUGUCAAGCCGGAGGAAGCCCGCCGUUUGAAGGACCUGGUCGCGGAGCUGGGUUCCCUGCAAGAACAGUUUUCCAAGGAACGGGAACAGCUUGGAGCGGAAAAGGAGGAAAUUCGGGCCAAAGCGGCUGACAUUGCAAGAAGAGAGGCCGAGUUGCAGGCCGAGAAAGAGUCUCAGCGAAGCCGCGAGGAGGCGAGACGGAACUAUCCGCAACCUGCCGCUGCCCUGGAGAAGGUUGAGGAUUGCAUCAACAUAGCGGUUGUGGGCAAUUCCGGUGUGGGCAAAUCCCUGCUGAUCAACAGGCUGCGGAAGCUGCGGCCCCAAGCCGAGGGAUGGGCGGCGGUUGGCGUGAACGAGACGACCCGGGACAUGGGGCUUCGGUACUUUGAUGAAGUUGUUGUGGUGACGGCGGGACGUUUCACCGAGAUGGAGGUCGCAUUGCGUGGUGAAUUGGAGCGCCACGGCGUCCCAUUUCGCAUGGUGCGAACAAAGGUGGACCAGGACAUUGCAAACAACAAGGAGGACAACUUUGCAGAGAAGCAUGAGACUUUGAAGCAAAUCAGGGACGACUUGGAGCAAACCCACAAAGUGGAAACAACAAGUCUUUACCUGGUGUCAUCCAGGGAUCCAGAUGACUUUGAUAUGCAAACUCCCCGGCACAGUGCUGCAUUCUUUUGUGGACCCGGGCUCCCAAAGAUGGCUCAUCGUUGGUCCAUGGCGCUCCGCCCGGCGCUCUGCCCGGGGCCGGCACUCCGCCCGGCACUCCGUGGCAUGCGGCACCUCACAACCUCCACGCAGACUUCGGAGUCGGGGUCACUACUAACAGGCCAGCCCUUGCGCAUCGUUGCUGGAAAGGGCGCCAUGGUCUACGACGAUGCGGGAAAGGAGUACAUCGAAGCUAUGGCAGGGCUUUGGUGCACUGCUCUGGGCUGGGGGCAUGAAGAGCUCGUGGAAGCAGCCGCGAGCCAGAUGAGGAACUUGUCUUACUACCAUUGCUUCGCGGGCCGACAAGUUCCCAUUGCAGAGGAGCUGGCGGACAAAAUCAUCAGCCUGGCUCCAGAAAACUUGAAGGGAGGCAAAGUGUUCUUUGGAAUGUCCGGCUCGGAUGCCAAUGACACGCAGGUGCGAGUCUUGUGGCAUUACAACACCAUCAGAGGGCUGCCGCAGAAGAAGAAAAUCAUUGCGAGAGCGGGUGGCUACCAUGGAGUCACUUUGGCCAGCGGGUCCAUCACCGCACUCCCCCACGUCCAUGCGCAGAUGGGGCUUCCACUUGAUUUUGUGCGGCAUGUCAGCUGCCCAUCCUUUUACCGCUACGGCCGAGACGGCGAGUCCGAGGCCGACUUCGUGCGGCGCCUGGCCGCGGAGCUUGAGGAAGCGAUCCUCAAAGAGGGCCCGGACCAGGUGGCUGCCUUCUUUGCUGAGCCUCUACAAGGCGCUGGUGGGGUGAUCCUGCCGCCGGCCGGCUACUUCCCUGCGAUGAGGGAGGUCUGCGAGAGGUACGACGUUCUGGUCGUUGGUGAUGAGGUCAUCACCGGCUUUGGCCGUACUGGGCAGAUGUGGGGCUGCACUGCGUUUCAACAGAAGGCGGAUUUCCUGAGCUGCGCCAAGCAACUCACAUCAGGGUACGUGCCUCUCAGUGCCGCCAUCAUCCCUCGCUUUGCCUACGAAGCCAUCGAGGCCUCCACCGAGCGUCGAGGUGGAGUCUUUGGCCAUGGGUACACCUACACUGGUCACCCGGUGUCGUGCGCAGUUGCGCUGAAGAUGCUGGAGAUAUUCGAGCGAGACCAGCUUCUGGAGAAGGUGACGCAGCUGGCACCUCUUUUUCAGCAGCGGCUUCUUGGCCUCUCAGCGCAUCCGCUGGUGGGCAAUGCUCGCGGCAUAGGUCUCAUCGGCGCAGUUGAGCUGGUGAAGGAGAAGGAAACCAAGCAGCCUUACGAUGCCAGCCGUGCCGUGGCGGCCAAAGUCGUGCAGUUUGCUCUGGAACGUGGGCUCAUCGUCCGGGCGCUUCCCCAUGAUGUCGUGUCAAUUUGUCCUCCACUUAUUGUGAGUGCCGCAGAUGUCAAUGAGAUCUUCGACCGAUUGGAGGGUGCACUCUCCGAUGCGCUGGCAGCACUGGAAUCGGCGCCCUGCCUCAAGCGCCAGUCCGGGCUCCCAGCAACGAAGUCCGAACAUUGUGAGCGCUUCGCGUGCCCGCCUCGGCAGCCCAGCCAAGAGAGACCAGCAGAAGCUGCGCCAACACAAGUCCUAUAUGGCAAUGGACCUUUAAAGACUGUCGACGUUGCAAGCCUGCAGCACUUCCUGCGCUCUCCCCAUUUUCCACCACACUGCUUCGCAGAUGCCACCCGAAUUUGUCUGAACGCCGGUCGGCCACACGGAUUCGGCGAAUCCAACCUCGGCUGCACGGAGGUUGGAUCCAGAGGCUCACCACGCACCAUCGGCUUGGACCGAUGCCUGGGCAUUGCCGUGUUGGCCUCAAAGUGUGUACCCAGUGUGUACCAGUACGAUUCUACAUUGAUGUACGACUACGCUUGCAAUGCAGAGAAAGUGUACAUAUUAUCGCGCUGGUACGUGGAUGACGAGGCAAGGCUUCCAGCGUCAGAGGAUAAUUCCACAUAA